GCUUUGCGCUGGUCCCUGCGGGAGCCUGCAGCUGACGCGAGCUAGACACCUGUCACUUGCAUAACAUUUCUUCUGUAGACCUGAAACCACUUAGCUCUAGAAGAUUUGCCCUACAGACUUUCAAUGCUGACUUGCUGAGCUCGCCUUGACACCUGUUGGCAUUACGUUACACGAGCGUAUUCUUAAACCAGCUUUGGGACAUUUACAUCACCGCAACCAGUGGACGAGUCUGCGGCGGGGCAAGAUCGCUGCCGCCUGGCCCUUCUGGGCUCAGUAGUGCCCUUCAGCUUUCUUAGGUCAGCUAGGUCAACAUGGCCACCAGCGCAAAAGGCAUUGGUAUUCCCGUCAAGCUGCUGCACGAGGCGGAGGGCCAUGUUGUGACGGUGGAGCUCAAGUCCGGAGAGAUGUACCGUGGCGAGCUGUGCGAUGCGGAGGACAACAUGAACUGCCAGCUGAAGGACGUGACGGCCACUGGGCGGGACGGGCGUGUCACCCAGCUCGCGCAUCUCUUCAUCCGCGGGAGCCGUGUUCGCUUCUUCAUUAUCCCGGACAUGCUGAAGAACGCCCCCAUGUUCAAGCGGAUUGAUCCCAAGUUCAAGAACAAGAACAUGGCGCUGGGUGUGGGUGGCCGUGGCCGAGCCGCCGCGGUGCGCGCAGCAGCGAAAGCUAAGACCCCCGGCCGCGGGCGCGGGUAAACGCCGGAGGUGGAGCUUCUGGAGUUGCUGGAGGAUGAGGGAUGGCGGUGGCCGGUUGGGCCGCAAGAGGGGGGGGCACGUUGGGUUGGGCGGGGUGACAGUGGAGGUGCCGGAGUCUGGGUUGCUGACACUGACGGUGGUGGUGCGGUGCGACGGCCCGCGCCGGCGUGCCUGGGGUUUGUAGGGCUGUAAGGCAAGGACACGCGGCUGGUCUUGGCUCGGACAACUGGUUGUGUACGUUUUGGGGGCUUGCUUGGUCCCACACUUGUUUGGCGGGUGCAGCAGUGCCCGGUUGGGGAUUGCGUCGCCAGGUCCCCGCUUCGUGGUGGGCCCUUUCAUGGCGGGGCAGUAACGCUGGUGGAGGCAGCAACGAUUGCCGCAAAGUGGAAUCUGACUUCGGUGUUUUGGCACGUGGUGACGCUCGUUGCAAGUCGGGGUCUGGAGGUAAAGGGGCGGAUGGAGGGGUGUGCACGCGCAUGCAUGAGGCGCGGCGUGCACGCUUUGGGCGGUGAAGACUUCAGGAUGCAUUCCACAGACUGUCUUUGUGUCUGCAUGCGCAUGUAAUGCUCAUGGAUC